AUCAAAUUUAUAAUUAAUUUCAGUUCCAAUUCGCAACUCUCCCGAUUAUUCACUCACUUCGCGAAAUCUAUUUUAAAACGAACUGUUCUUUAUUGCCAUUGGUUUUGAAUAGCAGUCCUCGAUAUACCAGUCUUCGCAUAAAAUUGAAUGAGUUGAAAGUUGAAAUGUUUUAAGGAAAUUUCAUUUUACGAGUCGCAUGAUGAAUGAAUUUAAAAACGGAAAAUGUGAUGUGGUUUCAUCCUCCGACAUCGGCAGGUAUGUAGUUGCCGUUAAACCGUUGAAACAAGGCGACUUACUUCUUUGUGAACAGCCCGUGAUUAUUGGUCUGAAUUGGGGGUCGGAUUUGCGUUGCUUGGCGUGCUACAAAGGUUUUUCGCAAUUAUGCAAUAAAUGCCAAUUGGCUCCGCUAUGCUGCGAUUGUGAACACGAACCUUUCGAAUGCAAUUUCUUAGCAACGGCUUCGCUUCCAAAAAAUUUUCUAAUCGACAAUUUUGAUGUAGUAACGGCAUUGCGGUUCAUAAUGUUAAGUCGAGAUCCAUCGAAAAAGCAGAUAUACGAAGAAGUGAUGCGGAUGGAAUCUCACUGUGCACAGCGGUGCGGAACACCGAUUUGGAUUACGCAUGAAAACUGUGUUACAAAACCACUUAAAUUAGCUAACGUAAUAGGCGAGGAGGAUGCAGCAAUGAUACAAAAAUAUUGCGGCAUAAUGGAUGUAAACGCAUUUGAGAUUCGAAGUGAGACGUUUGAGGAGGUGCCAAUUCGGGGACUAUAUCCGAAGGCUGCAUUAUUAUCACAUGAUUGCGUUGGAAAUACAUUCAUUUCGUUGGACGAAACUAGGUCACUGAGAAUCUAUAGUUCCGUAGAUAUAGAUGCCGGCAAAACGAUUUACAAUAAUUACACAUUCGCGCUGGUUCUGUCGGGAACGGAAGUUAGAAGACAACAUCUGAAGGAAGGAAAAUAUUUCCAUUGCAAAUGUAGCCGUUGCAUGGAUCCAACAGAAUUACAAACAAAUUUAAGUUCGCUUAAUUGCCAAUGCUGCGAAAAAGGAUUGAUUUUAUAUCAGGAAAUGUCCGAAAAUUGGCAAUGCAAUGUAUGCAAAACGUCGCAAACGACACAAGAAAUAAAUGGCAUUCUGACCGCAGCGACAUCAAAAAUGGUAGAAAUUACCACCGUCGAGAAUCUAGAGCAAGCCAUCAGCAUUCAAUCGAAGCUACUCAAUCCCAACCAUUACUUGGUGAUUGAUAUGAAACAAAGACUGGCAUCAAUUCUUCGGAACAUCUGUGACCGAUCAAUGGUGCCACAACCGAAAAUGCUUCGGCGAAAAAUUGAACUUUGUGAAGACAUCCUACCGAUCAUACGGAUACUUCAACCCGGCAUAGCACGAUUGAAAGCCAUUGCGCUGUUCGAGUAUUUCAAUUCAAAGGCAGAGCUAACCAUCCAUGAAAUGAAUGACCAAAAACUUUCAAUCAGCGAGGGUAUUGCAAAGCUGGCAUCAGCUGAACAAUUAGCUACAGAGUCUAUUAAAAUGCUUUUGUAUGAACCGAAAUCGACGCCGGAAGGUCAUUUAGCCAAAAUUGCAAUGCUGAAAUUGAAGUCGAUCCGAGAAAACAUAAGUCUGUUCCGAAAUAUGUUGGACGAUGGCCGGGCAUAAUAUACCUAUUUAGAUGUUACUGCUCGGGAAUAAAGUCCAUUUUCGUCUUUCCAUGAUUAUUUACUUGGACCUAUACUAAGCA